GCGCCGCGCACCUUCUUUUUCGCGCAUCGUCACCGCCGCGUCGACAAAGUCGACACCGGUUCCCCGGCGUUUUUGUGGCGAUGGAGAACGCAGAGAGGAUGGAGGAAAGCUCGGAGCCUCAUACCAGUGAAAUGCUGGAGGAGGACCCCACCGAGAUCUUCGAUGAUCCCGAUGAGGACCAGGUGGUGGAAAUGGAUGAGGCCAUGUUCGCGAGAUAUCAGCAGGUCCAAGACCAGAGUUUUGACGAGAUACAGAUUCCCCGGAGCAUGGUUGAUGAGAUCCAAUGUAUUUGGAACUUGCUGUUGGGGAGGCUCCCAAGCCGCGAAGCGGCCGGCGAAGCCAUCUACGACAGCAUCAUGGAGGAAGCUCCAGGGAUUGCCAAGCUCUUCAAAUCCCCGCGUUCGGUCUUCGCUCUGCGCUUUGUCAACGGCCUCAACAGUUUGGUGACUGAAGUGGGCAGUCCAGGUGCUUUCAAGAAGCAGGUUGAAACCUUCGGCUUUCAGCACUUGGACCACGACGUCAGCGCACCCCGAGUGGAUCUCGUGCGUGACUGCAUCCUCAAUGUCAUGGAUCAGGAACUGGGCGCACAAUUCAGCAGUGCUGCCAGACUCAGCAUGACUGCCCUGCUGAACUAUGUGGGAGGAGCCUUCAUGUUUAUUCGCCGAGAACUUGCUGGGCGCAUCAAAAUCAUUCAGCGCAGCUGGCGCUUGGCUCAACGCUUGAUGGAAGCUGAAGAUGCGCCACCCAGAUCGACAACUUCAACUGCCGCCGAGUCUCCAUAUUGUGCCGAGGAGGACAUGCCAAAGGAGAUGGAAGCGGACGCAACCAACAAAGCGGCGGCCCUGGAGAAAGAGGCAGACGAUGAAAGCGGAAGUGUGAAAUCCAGUAAGCAGCAGAAUCUACAGGUGCCCACCACCUUCGAUGGCAUGUUCCUCUUCAACGCCGCCGUGAUGGGCUUUGGCGAGUCCACUUGGAUGAAGACAGUACUGGAACAUAUGGAUGCCAUUGCCACAAAUGUGGCCAAUACCAGCCGCUUGCAGGAAGAAUGCUAUGUGCUCUCCAUCCAUCUGUCCAAGUGCAAGGACCCUGUGAAUUUGACCGAGUUCAAGGCGGUGAUGUUGGCGGCCCUACGCUCCAUCGUACCAGAUGAAUGGAACAUGGACCACGAAGUGGCGUGGAACUGGCUCUGGGAGAAUGUGGAGCGGAUCAUCUCGUCAACCAUCGCCUUGCCCCGUGCCUAUGAGAAGGCGGUGCGCAACUUCCUUUUCUCGCAACCCGAGGACAAGAUGAUGUUCCUGAGGGCACAGACCUUCAAGACCUUCUUCAUGCGCUGCCCUUCUGGUCAGGACUUUUUCAAGCAGUCGACCACCAGGUUGUACUUCAUCCUGGACAAGAACUAUGAAAUGACCAUUGAGAUGUUCGAGAAUCCUGGCAAGGUGGUGCAGGACUUGUCAGCGCUGGGCCUACGGCAUGUGGGCUAUGGCGUUCCUGUGGAGUUGUUUCCGCCCUUCGUGGGAUCUGCCGUGGAAGCCGUCGCCGAAGUCACCGAAGAUGAAACAGUUCGCACAGCUUUUUCUUGGGGUCUGAAUUUGAUCUCCAAGAUUCUCAUGCGGGUGAUCUUGGAAGGUUCGACCAUUGUCAUGAAGGCCAUAAAUCUCAAUGAUGAGGCGGCGUUGCGGAAGGCCAUUGCCGUGGCGCCGCGGCAGCAUCGGGCCACAGAGCUGCUGAACAUCUCGGUGGGAACCCAGUCCUUCUCACCUUUGUUCUGGGCCAUCGAAUCCGGCAGUUUGAAUAGCGCCAGAGCCAUGAUCCAGGACUUGUUGACGAUCCGGGCAGAUCGUGAGGUCUACUACUACGGCUGCGAGGAGUUGUUCAGAAGACACCCGGACAUCGUCAAACGCUUGUGUACAAGUGCCCCCACCUUGCUGGAGACCUUGUUGGACGGCUUCAUUUGGCGUUCGCGGCGUUCGGUGCAUGGCAUGCGACGGGUGAAUUACUACAUCAAGUAUUUGAUUCAGGAUCUGGACGGGAAUUUUUCAAGCGCCAUGUCUUGCUUCGUGGAACAUGCGAGCCCCACGAUUGCCAGCCAUCCCUGCUGCGCGUUGGCUGCGGACACCGUUUGGUUCAAGUUCGCAACCACCUACUUCUUGUUAGGAAAGCUCUAUUUCCUCACGACCUUGCUGGUCUUCGCCACCAGCCAAGCCUUUUUAGUGCGCCAUGACGGCCAAGACGUUCCCGAGGAAGUCUGGGUGAUUUUCGGCUGCCGCCUGUUGCUGUACAUGCUUGUCUUGCCAGCAACCUUGGGUUCCAUCAUGUUGAAGUGCUUCGUAGACUGUGGGACGAAGAAUUUUGAGCACGUCUGUGGAGUGCCAAUCCCAGCCAGCUUGAAUGAAUUCAAUGGAUUGUUGAAAACCAUGUUGAUGUGGGUGCUGCUCAUCAUGUUCAUCACCGAGCCACUGAUCUGGUGCGCCCAACCGAAUGAUCCAGAGAUGCUCUUCCGAACGAGCUGCGAGGAAGUGAAGGAGAUUAAGAUGGCCUACAGCAUCCUCUCUGCUUUGGGCAUGUUGCUCUUCUGGGCCCUGCUGUUGGACUUUAGCGUCUUCUCCACACACAUCUCAGCAUUCCUUCUGGUGUGUGGCAAUGUUAUUGCAGAGGUGGGUCUUUUCCUCCUGGCCAUGUUCUUUUUACUCUUGGCCUUCUCCACCUCCAUCAGCGCGCUGAAUCAUCAUUUGGUGGCCUUCGAUGGAGUGCCGGUGUGGAUGCGGUCCCUAUUUCAAAUCGUCAUUGGCAUGUUCCCGGUGAGCAACUACUAUCUCUUCGAGGAAGAGCCGGCGAUCAUGGCGUUCUUAGCGAUUUACAUCAUCUUGGUCUUCAUUUUCCUCAUGAACCUGUUGGUGGCGCAACUGAACCAAUCCUACCACGGCAUGUUCGCCGAUAUGAAGGGAGUUGCCCGACUGAGGCGGCAAAGUGUGAUUUGCAGUGUCAUGGCGUCGGCUCCCAAUAGUCGAUGGAAAGCCGUCCUGUCGUCACUGGGUUUUGAGAAGCGUUGCGAGUUCAACGAAGGUGACGUUGGCGUCGCGGGAGGCAUUCAAGUCUUAGAGCCUGCGAGCGCGGUCGCUGUCACCCAUGACAGCAUCAAACGCUACGGCGGCUCCACGGCUCCCACAAUGCCUUGGCCCGCAGAGGUGGAACCCAGUGACGUCGAGAAGGAACGCUUCGAUCGUUUGGAGAAACUCAUCAUCAAGUCCAUGAAGUCGCACAAAAAGCAAGGGCACGGGCGUGCCGCGAGCAGCGCUCUGGGAACCAGCAGCGUUCUGAGUGAAGAUUCCUCCCAAGGUGGGAGUCCCAAUUCGUAGCGGCGGUCCGUUUUUCCAUGAAAUAUACCCUCUGGUAAACUAACAUGGC